GCAUUCACGCGCAUCUUCCCAUUGUCCUUUAAUUCUGUCAAGAGAAGUUAGCUGUCAAGUUUUGCUUUCCAAUUCCGCGGAAGAAAACAGCAUCUUUCUUUCGUCUGUAAGGAUUGGAGCUUCGUCGUCUCCCCUGCAUCUGCAUCUGCAUGCUGUGGUGGAUCUGAGAUCCAAAAGCUUUGGUUGAAGAUCGAUUAGACCUACUCAGUCACCUCUCUCUUCCCUCUCUCCAGCUGCUUCUUCUCAUUUAAGACGAGGACGGGAGCAAUUUGAUUUUGACAAACAUCAUGAGUUCGUGUGUGGGGACGAUUCUCAGUUCUCUCAAAGAACCCGUGAUGAAGCAUGGGGCUUAUGUGUUUCAAUACGAGGAUCUGGUCCACCGACUGGAAAAAGAAAAUAGGAGGCUCGGUGAAAAAAAGGAGAGAAUCCAGCGACUGGUGGAUACAGCCACACGCAAUGGGAGAUUCAUUGAAACUGAGGUCUCCAGUUGGCUAGGGGAAGUAGAACAGAUGGAACGAGACAUCGCCAACUUCCUGCGUCAACAAGAGAACAGAGAACAGAUGGAACGAGACUUCGCCAAUUUCCUGCGUCAACAAGAAAACGGAGAACAGAUGGAACAAGACUUCGUCAACAUCCUCCGUAAACAAGAAAACGGAGAACAUAUGGAACGAGGCAUCGCCAACUUCCUGCGUCAACAAGAAAACGCAGACCAGAUGGAACAAAACUUCGCCAACUUCCUGCGUCAACAAGACUUCGCCAACUUCCUUCGUCAACAAGAAAACGGAGAACAGAUGGAACGAGACCUCGCCAACUUCCUGCGUCAACAAGAAAACGGAGAACAGAUCAUGGAACGAGACUUUGCCAACUUCCUCCGUCAACAAGAAAACGGAGAACAGAUGGAACGAGACUUCGCCAAAUUCCUGCGUCAACAAGAAAACGGAGAAUCUUUCAAGUGUUUUCCGGGCUGCAUGUGUCCCAACUUACUGUGGCGUUACAAGAGCGGUAAGCAUGCUGACGACAAAAUGUUGGAAGUCACUAAACUGAUAAGUAGGGGUGAGCUGCUACAGACGUCAACAGUGGCACGCAGUGCAUCUUUCCAAUCGGAGCCGCUCUUUGAUUCUCCUGAUUAUUACACCACGCUCCGAUCAAGAGCUUCAGUUUUUGCCGACAUCAUGAAUGCUUUGAUUAAUGAUUCUGGGGUUGACAUGAUUGGGGUCCAUGGGCCUGGAGGUGCUGGGAAGACAACGAUGGUGAAAGAGGUUGCCAAGGAAGCUAAGAGACGAAGAAUUUUUGAUAAGAUUGUGAUAGCAGUUGUGUCUAAAGAUCCAAACACCUCAAAACUUCAAGAAGAUCUUGCCCCCCAAUUGGGUCUCAAGUAUGAAGAAAAAAACAAUGAGUUAGGAAGAGCAGAUGAGCUACGAAAGGCAUUGUCUAACGGGAAAAGAAAGAUACUGGUAAUAUUGGAUGACCUUUGGCAAGCACUAGACUUGAAGGCAAUUGGAAUUCCUAUUUCGGGCCCUGGCGACAAAGGUUGCAAAAUUAUGCUAACCUCGCGUAGACAAGAUGUCUUCAAAGGGAUGGGCGUUCAUUCAACAUUUUCCAUUGGGUACUUGGAGGAGCAAGAAGCAUGGGAGUUGUUUAGGAAGGUGACGGGAGAUUUUGGAGUCAAAGAUUCUAUAGCAAGAAAGGUAUGCGAGAAAUGUGCAGAUCUGCCUAUUGCUAUAGUUGCAGUUGGAGCUGCAUUAAAGGGCGAGGAAGAGGGUGUGUGGCAAAAUGCACUUUACGAAUUAGCGAAGUCCCGGCUAAAAUACAUUGAAGGAGUUGAACUAGUGGGUUAUACCCCCUUGAAGUUGAGCUAUGAUUCUCUAAAAGACGAGCGUGCAAAGUCGUGCUUCUUACUCUGUUGUUUAUUCCCCGAAGAUGCUGAGAUUUCUAUUGAUGACUUGGUUAGAUAUAGCUUUGCCUUGCGGUUCCUUGGAAGAGAGGGGGAUACGCUCAAAGAUGCAAGAAUUAAAGUACAAGCCAUGGUUUAUAUGCUGAAAAAGUCCUGCUUGUUGCUAAAUGGAAGAAACGAGAAUGUUGUUAAAAUGCAUGACGUUAUUCGUGACCUUGCAAUUUCUAUCACAGAGGAGAAGCAGGCAGAACACGGAGGUGCUCAUGAUUGGCCAGGGCGACAACAGUUCAUGGUAAAUCACGAUAUUCGAGUGUUGCCGAACAAUGAUGCCUGGAAGCAUCACACAGCAAUCUCAUUGAGGAUCAAUGAUAACUUUACUUUUCCUUGCGGCGUGCUCGAUUGUCCACUAUUGCAUACCUUUGUAUUGGAGAAGCCUGGAGUAUUUUCUUAUUCACAUAUAAUUCCAGAUAACUUCUUUCAAGGUGCGAAGGAGGCAACUAUUUUAGAUUUAAAAAACAUGUCGUUGGAAUUUCCAUCAUUAGUUUUGAAGUUGAAUCAGCCUCGAAUGUUACGUCUAAGCAAUUGCAAAUUAUUGGGAGACUUGACUACAAUUCAAAAUUUAAAAAAUCACAUUGAGAUACUUAGUUUUGAGGGAUCUGAGAUAGAAGAGUUGCCACAAGAGAUUGGAGAAUUGACUCGCUUGCAGUCUUUGAAUCUGAGCCUCGAGAAGUUGAAGGUGAUUCCAAAGGAUGUGAUAUCCAAAUUGAUCCAUCUAGAAGAGUUGUAUGUUCUAUGCAACUUUAGUGGAUGGGAUACCACUGUAGAUGGUGGGAGAAUGAGCAAUGCGAGCAUUGCUGAGCUAAAAUUAUUGACUCAAUUAAUAGUUUUAUAUGUUAGUAUUUCAGCAGAAAGUUUUGAGAUUAUGGUGCGAGAAUGCCCCAGUUUAUUUGAGAAAUUGAUUAAUUUUGGAAUAUUGAUAAACCCUUCUGUCCACUAUUUUUUUAAUAGAUUUGAGAGUAUUUUACUGACUCGAAAUGCUUUGGAAAUUCGUAAUAUUGAUCGUAUAGAUGAUGAAUUUCAUCUCUUGAUGGACAAAGUUAGUGUGUUGAAGUUGUGGAGGAUUCCGCAUUUGGAAGGGCUGUUCUUACAUGGCAAGCCACAACUAAAGUCUAUAGCAAGUGGUGGGGGACCUUUUAGUAAAUUAACCUAUUUAGAAAUUGAUGGCUGUCACGAUAUGAAAUUUCUUUUUUCCUCCUCCAUCGCCAGAGCACUCCAGCAACUUCGAACACUAAAAGUAUCGGGUUGUAGCAAAAUGGAACAAAUAAUUGGAGUAGUAGAUUAUCAUCACGAAGUGAAAGUUGCAGCUGAUGAAGCAAUUAUUUUUAGUCGAUUGAUGGACUUGGAAUUGCGGGGACUUCCAGAAUUUAAAAGCUUCUACCCCAAAAUGCAGAAGACCACAAGUGAGAAAAAUCUUUCAAAUUUUAUCGUAGCAGCAGAAUCUAUCUUUGAUGAGAAGGUUCUUUUUCCCGUCUUAACACGUUUGAAGAUUGAUAAAUUACCAGUGGAAUCUAUUUGGAACAAGCAAGCGAUUCAAUCUCCAGAAAGUUCAAAUAAAGUAUCUUUUUCUCAAUUGAGGGAAUUUUUUCUCAUCAGUUGUGAUACUUUGGUAAAUGUGUUCCCUUUACAUAUGCUCCCACGAUUGCAAAAUUUGGAGAUAUUAGAGGUUGAAAAUUGUCCUCGUUUGACAUUGUUAGUUGAAGACCUUGAUCCUAACAUCCAAAAUCCUCCAAUUAAAUCUAAAUUCAAUGAUGUGUUCCCAAAGUUGACAGUAAGUGGGGGAGCUUUUAGUAAAUUAACCUCUUUAAAAAUUCAUGGUUGUCACGGUAUUAAAUUUCUCUAUUCUUCUCCGUCGCCAGAGCACGGUUCUAAAUUUCUCGAUUCUUCUCCGUCGCCAGAUUACGAUUUUAAAUUUCUUGAUUCUUCUCCGUCGCCAGAUUACGGUUUUAAAUUUCUCGAUUCUUCUUCGUCGCCAGAACACUCCAGCAACUUCAAACACCAGAAGUAGAGUGUUGUAGUAAAAUGGAACAAAUAAUUGGAGUAGUAGAUUAUCAUCACGAAGAGAAAGUUGCAACUGAUGAAGCAAUUAUUUUCAGUCAAUUGGUGGACUUGGAAUUGAGGGAACUUUCACAAUUUAAAAGCUUCUACCCCAAAAUGGAGAAGACAACAACUGAGGAAAACCUUUCAAAUUUUAUCAGCAGAAUCUAUCUUUGAUGAAAAGGUUCUUUUUCCUGCCUUAACACAUUUGAAGAUUGAUAAGUUACUAGUGGAAUAUAUUUGGAACAAGCAAGCAAUUCAAUCUCCAGAAAGAUCAAACAAGUAUCUUUUUCUCAAUUGAGGGAAUUUUUUCUUAUCAAUUGUGAUACUUUGGUAAAUAAGUUCCCUUCAAAUAUGCUCUCACGAUUGCAAAAUUUGGAGAUGUUAAGACAUUGAAAAUUGUCCUCUUUGACAUUGUUAGUUGAAGACCUCAAUCCUAACAUCCAAAGUCCUAUAAUUAAAUCUAAAUUCACAUCCAAAGUCCUAUAAUUAAAUCUAAAUUCAUUGAUGUGUUCCCAAAGUUGAUAGAUCUUUGGUCAGAUAAAUCUUCCCAAGUUGAUGAAAACAUGGCUUAGUGAUGAGGACUACUGCUUCUAUGACAAUUCUGUCAAUUUACACCUGAAAAUGAUAUCAAUUAUAGGUUGUGGCAGUUUGAGACAAGUAUUUUCAGCUUUUGUUGCUAGACAUCUUGUGCGCAACCAAUAUUUAUGCAUAAAAGGUUGUCCCGGAAUGGAAGUGGUAGUGUCGGAGGCUAGGGGAGAAGGAAAGAUCGAUGAUGGUACAAUUAGGUUCAUUGAAUUAGAAGAAUUGUGGCUUGAAGAUUUACAAAAUCUAAGAAGUUUUUAUGAUUCCAAGUUUGAAGCACCAUGUUUAUUUAAUUAUCAGGUAUGAAUAUUCAAACUCUUCUAAUAGACAUAUAUAAUCAAAACAAAAAAUAAAAUUUUAAUUUUAAUUUUAAUAUGUCAACAUACAACAAUAACGUGUGAAGUCUUAAUCCUCCCUAGAAGUUAAAUAUACUGGUGUACAAUAGAUAAUUUUAUUUUAAUUUUUAUUGUUUUCACUAGUUUAGAUUAUAAAUGUAGUCGUAAUAAAAUAAGUGUAUAUUUCAUGCAUUUGAAGUUGAAUCUUCUAUCACUAUUAAUUAGAUAUUAUCAAGAGUUCAUUUUAUAAUUUUUAUUCUUUUUUUUUUCAAUUUUAUAAUUAUAGUUUUAACUCUAUUUAUUAAGUUGGGAGUUGGUCUGGUUAUGAAGGCCUCUUUCUGCCCCUCAACCAAGGCUUCCUUUCACUCUUAAAUAAAAACAAUCGAACGAAUAAAACCCUCUUUGAUGAAACAACAUUGGGAUUCAAAUGGUGACCUUUCCCAAUAAGGACAUGAUGAUGGAGUUAUCAUGUUUAAUUUGCUGUUAAUUUUCAGCUUGUUUGUUUGUUUCAGUUUCUUCUUAAUGCUGGGUAUCUUGUUUCUUUUUACGUAUCCCACACGGUGGCAGCCUUGUUGGGAAUUUUGGCUUUGAUCCACGAUCUCUCACUCCCCUCAAAGUAGAAACAUCUGUGAGUUCAUUCCUUCAGGUUAAGAUCCACGAUUUGGUUGUUUGUUCUUGUAUCUUGUAUCUUGUAAUGACUUAUCUAGUAUGUAGUCUAGUGUCAAUAGUGCCAAAAUUGCAUCCUUUGAUGUAUUCUCAUUAAUCAGUCAUUGGGCUUUUAUUUUUAUCAAAAAGUUUCUAGGAGAUAGAAUGGAUGAUAAAUCGAGUGAACUGCAAUCACAUUUUCUUAGGCUUUUCAAGCUUUCUUGGUUGGCUAUUUGUUGCCUUAUUGUGUUCAUUGCUCCAUGAAAACACUUAAAAAAUUAAAACACCUAGUUGGCAUUUGAUUUACCUUGUGAAUAGCUAUUGUGACAGCUUUAAGAUUCUUAGUCUAAUUAUGCUUAUGGACCAUAAAUAGACAUUCUUGGUUCAAUUAUUAAUUAAAUCACAUCUUGAGAUUAAUUGAGUUUUCACAGUUUGAAAACAAAAAAUUUAUUGAGAGAUUGUGUUUAAGAUCUUUCAGUCAAGAUAAUUGUGUUGUUAAGAUUUGGCUAACUACGUGUAAUGGUUGAAGGAUUUUUAAAUUUUGUUCUAAAAUUUUGUUAUUCAACAUUUGUCGUUAUCUCCAUGUAAUAAUUAUCUGAGGGUUUUAUUGCUUUUUUUCAAAAUUUUAUUUAGUAGAUUAUUUUAUUAUUUUGAGAUUAUAGAUGAAGCAAUAGUCAUUCUUGUUUUUUUUUUUUGUAAUUUUUAUAUUUAAUGUUAUGGAAGUAAAUUCACCAAUUAUGUUGGAGUUAAUCCAAGGAUUCGUUUAUACUUGGUUAGAAUUUAAAAAAGAUUGCUACCACGUUAUUUGGAUCUUCUAUAUCACCACACUUGGUUAAAUAAUUACUAUUUUUCAAAUAGAUUUGACCUUUUCAUUUAGGAAGAAUCUAGAUUCAAUAAACAUUUGUGGGAUUUAUGUUUUCUUUUUGUUAAAUGCCCACGUAAGUUUGUAUCCAACUGAAUAAUUUCAGCAUAUCCACUUUCUUUGAUAGGCUAUUCAACCUUCCUCUUUUAAAUGGGUUAUCAUAUUUAUUCUAGACUUUUGUAUUCAUAAAAAAGGGCAGUCAUAUUAUUAGUUACAUGGUAAAAAUGUAUCUAUAAUUGGAUAACAGAAUUUUAAAUAAUGUGUGACCAUUUGUUUGUGGAAGUUGAGAUUAUGAUGAUUCUUGAUUUAAUUAGUGUAAAAAUUGUAUUAGAGGAGGGUUUAUAGUUUAUUUUUUGCAAAAUUAUAUUUAGUUGAUAAUUUUGUUCCAUAGAGAGCACAAAAAUAGCCUUGGGGAUGUAAUCCAGAGUUUAAGCAUGACAAGGAUAAGGAGGUUGAGAAUGAUCUUACUUGAGAGAAAUUGAGAUUUGGAUUUAAAGUGUGACAUAAAAGAAAAUUAGUUGAAAUCUGAAUUGUGAACGGUUAUACACUUAAUAAGAUAAAACAGAAUUAUGAAUUUUGAAAUUAAAAUCUGAAUUAUGAACCGACUAUAAAUACUAGAUCAGGAGGGAGUUUGAAACUUGAUCAGAAAGCAAAAAUUUAGAGAUUUGAGGUCUCCUUGUUAGUCUGCAUCUCUAUCUUUAUUAGUAUUGGGGGACAGGUGCUGUUUUGUUUUUUUUUUUCCCCCUAGGUUUUGGUGUUUUUGUUAUUGUUGUUUCAAGAUUGAUUUUUUGAAAUUGGUAGUUUUACAUAAUGAAAAAGUUUAAAUAUGUUCUUGCAUUUUUUAAAGAAACAAUAAGUGCUUGUAUAAAUUUAUUGUGAACCUUUCAUUGGUAGUUUUACACGGUCUUUAAUUUUUAUAUGUAGAAGAGUAAGCUUUCAUUGAUCUCUUCCAAAUUUGCAUUUUUUUAUAUGUAUUUUGCAACCUCUUUAUUAUGGAGUAUGUUGUGCAAUCGUGACAUUCUAACUACUUGUUCAAUUAGUCAUUGGGCUUUUAUUUUUAUCAAAUAGUUGCCUAUUCUUUGUAUUGUGAUAAAAGGAAAAGUGUUGUGAAAAUGCAGGGUGUAUUUGAUUAGGGGUGGAAAGUGGGACGGCAUUCCAAUUUCAUGGAAUUCCAAUUCUCACCCUACCCGUUAAAAAUUUUAAUUCUUUAAUUUCAAAAAAAAUCUUUACUUUUUUAAUUAAGAUGGAAUUCGAAUUCUAUAGAAAAGAAAAACUAUUUGAUGGAAUUUCUUAAAAUUUGGAUGAAAAAUGAAUAUCACCCCAUUUUUCACCCUUAUCAAAUGCACCCGUAGAAUUUUGAGUUUGAAUAAUCCCACAUCCAAUAUGAAAAAGGAGACUUUUGAGUUUGAGCCAUAUAUAUGCGAGGAGAUAGCUAGAAGGUACCAUAUGAUAAGUUUAAGUUAGAUUGAUCAGGUUGAUGCCUCCAUCUCUCAACCAUUGUAAGAGUUUUUUGAUAACUUCUGUUUGCAAGUUAUGCCACUAUGUGUGUUUCUUAUUUGUCUGUAGAGAGCCCCAGUAGCAUAGGCUACAUUUCUUGGAUUUGUUUUUAUUUAUUCCCAUCUUAAUUGGCCAUUUUGCAUUUCGUUUUCGUGAACAGACCAACUUUGAAGGUGCUGCAGAACCCUUGGAUGCUUGUGUAAAGAGAACUGCUGGAACCAAGAAAUUUGAAAGAGCUAUUUAUUUAUGGAGAGCAUUUAGUUAGAAAAGUACAAACCAAUUUUGUAAAAGAAGAAUUAGAUUCUUGAACUUUUAAACUUCUAUUCUAUUUUGAACUUUGAAGAUGUAUUGCUUAAACUCCUUGUAUUUUAUUGACAUCAGAAUAUGACUAUGUCUUGUGGUUGGA